AUGCGUGAAUGCAUCAGCGUACAUGUCGGCCAAGCCGGAGUACAAAUGGGCAAUUCGUGCUGGGAACUCUACUGUUUAGAACAUGGAAUUCAACCUGACGGACAAAUGAUAGACGAUAAGACCGACGGUCUUGCAGAUGGCUCUUUCAGUACUUUCUUCAGUGAGACCGGUUCUGGGAAACACGUCCCACGUGCAAUCUUCCUUGAUCUCGAACCAACCGUCGUCGACGAGGUCCGCACGGGAACUUACCGUCAAUUGUACCAUCCGGAACAGUUGAUCAGUGGGAAGGAAGAUGCUGCGAACAAUUAUGCGCGAGGUCAUUACACAAUCGGACGUGAAUUUAUCGACGCGUUUCUCGAUCGCACGCGGAAAUUGGCUGAUUCGUGUAGUGGACUGCAAGGUUUCCUGAUUUUCCACUCGUUCGGUGGAGGUACCGGAUCUGGUUUCACUUCAUUGUUGAUGGAAAAGUUGAGUGUAGAAUAUGGAAAGAAGUCGAAGCUUGAGUUCGCUGUCUAUCCGGCUCCUCAAGUGGCCACAGCGAUGGUGGAGCCGUAUAACUCGAUUUUGACCACACAUACCACAUUGGAACAUUCGGAUUGCGCGUUCAUGGUUGACAACGAAGCCAUCUACGAUAUUUGCAAGCGCAAGCUUGGUAUCGCCCUGCCCUCCUACACGAACCUCAAUCGCAUUAUUGCUCAAGUGGUCAGUUCAAUCACUGCAUCGCUGCGUUUCAAUGGUUCUUUGAACGUGGAUUUGAAUGAAUUUCAGACCAACUUGGUCCCGUAUCCGCGAAUCCACUUCCCUCUGGCCACAUUCGCGCCGAUUAUCAGCACCGAAAAGGCUAGUCACGAACAAUUAAGUGUCUCAGAGAUCACGCACGCAUGUUUCGAACCGGCUAAUCAAAUGGUCAAAUGUGAUCCUCGCAAAGGAAAAUACAUGGCGUGUUGCCUGCUCUAUCGGGGUGAUGUCGUAUCCAAAGAUGUCACCGAUGUAAUCUCAAUCAUCAAGAAUAAGGGCACGGUCAACUUCGUCGAAUGGUGUCCGACCGGUUUCAAAGUUGGCAUAAACAGUCAACCACCGUCUGAUGUGCCCGGCGGUGGUAUGGCCAAGGUGAAACGUGCCUUGUGUAUGCUGAGCAGCACAACAGCGAUUCGAGAAGCUUGGCAACGACUGAAUGCCAAAUUUGAUUUGAUGUAUGCCAAACGUGCAUUCGUGCAUUGGUAUGUUGGUGAGGGUAUGGAGGAAGGCGAGUUUCUGGAAGCGCGUGAAGACUUGGCCUCGUUAGAGAAGGACUACGAAGAGGUGGAACAAGACACUUCCCAAAUGCAUGACGAAAAUGACGACGAAGACUAUUGA